CUGCAGCUGUCACUCUCAAGGUUUACCUCCAUUAUCACAUCCAGCCUGCCUGAAGAGAGAGGGAGAGAGAGGGAGAGAGGGAGCCUGGAGAACAAGUCCUGCUGAUCACUACAUAGACAAACAGGAAUUACAUCAUGGGAAACAAAAUUAGCCGGAAGAAGAAGGGAUAUGAUGUGAGUGACCCGAAAGAAGCGAAGGAUGAGAUCGCGGCGUUGGCUGCUCGCGCAGAGGAAUCGGUGAAGGAAGUGAAGGAUGGAGCCCUGGCCGCAGGAGCUGAGGUGAUAACUGAGGCCAACAAUGUGGUGAAGGAAGUUGCGGCGUCGGCUGUGGCAGCAGUAACUGAAGCUGCAGCGGCUCCAGAAGAGCCCAAAACUGCACCUCCAGAAGAACCAGCUGCUGCAGCACAAGAGGAGGCUGCUCCAGUACAGGAAGUAGUCGCCGCAGCAGAGGAAGCAGCUCCAGUUGCAAUAGAACCUCCCGCUGCAGCAGAGGAAGCAGCACCAGUCUUAGAAGAACCCGCUCUAGUAGCAGUGGAAUCUGCACCAGUUGCAGAAGAACCAGCUGCAGCAGUAGUGGAAACAGCUCCAGUCAUAGAAGAACCCGCUUUAGUAGCAGUGGAAUCUGCUCCAGUUGCAGAAGAACCAGCUGCAGCAGCAGCAGUGGAAACAGCUCCAGUCAUAGAAGAACCCGCUUUAGUAGCUGUGGAAUCGGCUCCAGUUGCAGAAGAACCUGCUGCAGCAGCAGUGGAAACAGCUCCAGUAGUUGAAGAACCUGUUGUAAUAGCUGCCCCAAUGGUUCUGGCAGUGCAAGAGUCUGCCCCAGUGGAGCUCCCAGAGGCCGUCGCAGUAGCAGCAGAGGAACCUGUGCAAUGUGAAGUUGAACCUGAGCCUGCAGCUGCACCUGCACCUGAAGUCCUCCCUGUAGAAGUACCCGCUGCAGUUGUGGAAUCUGUGCCAGAAAUAGAGGUUGUUCCUGCCAUCACAGAGGAAGCACCAGAGGAACAAGAGGCAGAGGCCAUCCCAGAGACUGUUACUGAGCCUGAAGCGACUGUGGAGGAGACAGUGGUGCCUGCUGCUGCCCCUGUGCCUGAGCCAUUGGCUGAAACAGCUGUCGAGUCAGUGCUGGAGCAAGCCCCAGAGCCAGUUCCAGAACUACAGCAGGAGCCAGAGCCAGUGAAAGCUCCCGAGCUGGAAGCCGAACCAGAGCAAGCCCCAGCUCCAGAGAAAGUACCAGAGCAAGAGGUAGAGCAGGAACCAGAGCUUGAACAAUCACCAGAGCCUGCAGCACCAGAGAAAGUACAACAACCAGAGCCUGAGCAAGAGGUUCUCCCAGUGGAACCAGCAGCAGAGGAACAGGUAGAAGAAGCUGAGCCAGAACCGAUCGUAGCCUCUCAGGCUGUGGAGGUAGAAGUACCUGAGAUCUUGGAGACUGCAGCAGAGGAGAUUCCCGCGGCUCAGCCACACGCAGCAGAAGCCAUCCCUGAGAUCCUCAUCUCAGAGUCUGUCUCUGCCAGCGAUAUCACCGUUGAGUCUGAAAAGGUCGCUGAAGCCUCUGAGGAAGAGUUUCCUGCCCCUGAGCCUGAGGUCGAAACCAAGAUGGAGAACGGAGAUCUGGAGAGCCCGUCUGUCCCUGCAAUUCCAGCUGUGAAUGGAGAGUGCAAUGAUUCCGCUGCCACUACUGUCACGCUGAAAGAGGAGUGUGUUAACGGAAAUGAUGAGCCAGAGGAGAUGCCUAUUAAGGAGAAGAGUGACAUUGAACUGAAAAAGGACAUGAACCUGAGCGGGGAUGUCCAGGGAGUUCCCGACGCAAUGCCCGACAUGGUGGAGGGUCUCGGCACCGAGGUCACCCAGGCGGUCUGAGGGGACGCCGCCAUUCAAGUCAAUGUGAAUUCAGUUUUAAUCCUCCGAUGGUGCGGAAGAGUCAUCAAGGUAUCACGAACACAGCUAGGCUUUCUGAAACGCCGUAACCACCGCAAUGUCUAUAGUGGUAACUCAGGCAAAAGGAUGUUUCCUUUGAGUGACCAAAAACGAAAUGCAACCACUGUAAGGUUAAAAGAGAGGGAGGGAGGGAGGUAGAGAGCGAUAGAGAGACAGAGGGGGAGAUAGCGGUUGAGAUGGAAUGCAGAUUUUGAGUUUUGGAUUUGAACGAUGAGUGCAGACAGACAGGGAAACUUUGACAGGAGAGUGAAGAUACUGGACAGUAACGACGAUAUUAAUGAAUGAAAUGAAUAAAUCUGUGUUUGUGUGUGAGCCCAGUGAAUAUUACAAAGUGGUUUAUCGGAACAGCAUUCAUUAUUAUUAUUAGUAUAUUAUCUGAUUUAGAAUUUCAUAUAUCCUUUCUACUACUACUCGGAGAGACAUGACAAAAAAUGUUUUUGGCCUUUUAUAAUAAUGGUACCUGUGAGAACUGUUAAUUUCAAGCUGAUUGUUCAGAAUAGAGAAUAAAGAGAGAUUGUUAUAGCCCA